AUGGCAGAUACAAUGCAAAUGUGGCAGUACGCCAAACUCCAAGGCAACAUCGAGGACGCCAUUCACAUAGUCACCGGUCCCAUCCCAGCAGCCUCGUCUCUCACUAAAGACCAAAUUCUUGUCCGUGUUCUUACCGUCGCCCUCAAUCCAGUCGACCACAAGCUCCCUGAGUCCUACGUGGGGUCUCUAUUUAUACGCCAACCCGCCAUUCCUGGCCUUGACUUCUGCGGCCGAGUUGUUGCCGCCCACGACUCAGUAACCACUUUCAAGGAGAACCAGCUGGUCUUCGGUGGGUUCUCACGUGCUACACAGAACGGCACAUUGGCAGAAUACGUGGUCAUCUCGGCUUCUGAGUGUGCCGCACUGCCUGACAAUAUUGACCCCGAACAUGCCGCCGCCGCAGUAACUGCCGCGACAACGGCUCUGCAGUCACUUCUGCCGGAUAUUGCCAAGCCGGGGGCCAGUAUCUUCAUAAACGGCGGCAGCGGCGGGGUUGGAAGCUGGGGCUUGCAGUUUGCGAAGGCCAUGGGUGCUAGCGUCGUCACCUCGUGUUCAGGCUCAGCCGUCGAUAUGUGCAAGGAACUCGGCGCUGACGAAGUCUUCGACUAUAGGCAAUCGGAUGUUAUAGCAGAGUUAAAAUCCCGGCCUUCUAGUUUCGACCUCGUUGUCGACAAUGUUGGGAAUAACUCGGAUUUGUACGAUGUUAGCUCUAUGAUCCUCAAGCCUGGUGGCACUUUCGUCCAGGUGGGUAUCGGCAGCAACGUAGACCUCAGAAGCAUGGCAAUGACGGUGAAGAGGUCACUACUUGCAUCCCUCCCAAUGUGUGGCUGCAAGUACUAUUUUGUGAACUCUAAGAAUUCAACCGAGUCUUUAUCGCAGAUUGCACAGUGGAUGGCUGAAGGCAAGGCCAAGGCAGUGAUUGAUAGCAAGUUUGCCUUCGCGGAGGUGCCGCAGGCCUUCCAAAAGCUGAGGACUGGACAUGCUAGAGGCAAGAUCGUUAUUCGAGUUGCCGAAAUUUGA